GCCAAGGAUACAUUUGUAAACUGAGGACUUUGACAUAGUAAUUUUUACUUUAUACAUUAUAAUGUUGAUAUGAAUAACAAAGAGAUAAUUAUAUGUCAUUGUACCAGUCUUGAAAAGGACAAAUAUAAAGGAUAAAUUAAUAAGUGAGCAGUGUACACUGAGAACUCGGGAGAUAAAUGAGCGACACUGGCUGGUCUUUGACCUGAACUAUAAAGUGCACGAAGGGUUGGCAAAUUUGGCUAAUGCCAUGCAAUAAUAAGUUGUCUAGUCAUAAAAAUAUAACCAGGUCAUUGCCAUGACUUCAAUGGAGUACGAUGUCGACUCUAUGGGCGGCCUUAUGCCGCAAAUCCAGGCUCUGACUGCACCACCUGGAAGCCGGGAACCAAACAAACAACAGAGUGGUGGCUCAACCGGUUCUUCAAAAGAAGGUCUCGCUGCUCACCCAUAUUUUCGUCGCCCGGGUCGAGGUCACAACCACGACUCAUGUGAUGCGUGUGGAGAGGGCGGCGACUUAAUUUGCUGUGAUGUCUGCCCAGCUUCCUUCCACCUUAUGUGCCAUGACCCACCUUUGGAUGAGGAAGAUAUUCCUAUGGGAAGGUGGGCAUGUCAUCAGUGCAAAGUUGCAGGGCCUGAUGACGAUAGAACAUCUGUAUCCAGCGGCAAGUCCAACAAGAGUGCCAAAGGCAUUAAAAGGAAAGACAAAGAAGAGGAAAAGCCAACUUCUGCUGCAGGAAAGUCUGAGACCAAUGACAAAAGAGUGUGUGCAGGGGGGCGAGAGUUUGAAGUUUCUGAUUCCCCGCUGUUUACGCUCAUCAAGGCUGCAGCUACAGUCAACCCUAAGCAGUUUACUCUCCCUUUUGAGAUGACGUUGCCAGUUUGCUUUCCUGGUGAACCUAAAAGUACUGGUAAAAGCAAUGGAACCAGAAAAGGAGGUCAGAAGAAGAAGGCUCAUGAACUGGACAAUGGAUUAGUUCCUUUGCCUGCCAAGUUAUGUUUUCAGUGCAACAAGAGCUGUCGUAUAGGUCCUCUAAUACCCUGUGAUUACUGCCAGUUGUUCUUCCAUCUUGACUGUUUAGACCCCCCACUCACCACCCCACCCAUGGGAAAAUGGAUGUGCCCAAACCACCCUGAACAUUUUGUGGACUCUACACUAUUAACAUCUCACAGUCUUAGUGAAAGAGUAAAAUUAUGGGACAAAUUCAACGUGCCAGUAGAUCAAGAUUCAGUACGUUUGAACUUUCUACAGCGGUGCCAUAGAAAAAACCCUCCCUUCCGGUACAAAGUUAAACGUGCCCUCAGGUCGAGAAUACGAGUGCCACUAGCUGUCAAAGAGCAAUACUCGGAACCGCCAGACUUGCUUCCCUGUAAUGGCCCUCCCCAACAUCUUCUUCCUCCUGUUUUUGAACAAAAUACAGAGGCUUCCACUGCUACCACUGUACCUCCCACCACUGCCAACAGGAUAGCUACCACCUCAGUUACAUCAUGUGGUAGUACAACUCUCUCUUCUUGGUUACAUCAGCAAAAUUGGCGAGGAUUAGAUGUGAAGGAAGAGCGAGUCGAAAAUUCGGAAAUUAUCCUGGAUGGGAAGGAAGCACCAGAUAAAGAAACAAAAGUUGAGGAUAAGAGAAGUGAAACAGAAAGAAAAAAGCCAACAAAAGAAGAAAUGGAUGAAUGGCUGGCAGGAUUAUUAUGUUUACAAGCCAGUAUUGUUAAGCACAUGGCAAAUAAUACUACAAGUGGCUUAAACAAAACACCAGAGAAGCAGAGAGAAAUGAACGGUCCCACAUCUUUAGGUAGUACUAUGGAUACUUCUCCUCCUCUAGAGAGACCGGGCUGUAUGAAUGGGGACUUAAGUUCUCACGACCUGAGCAGUAAACACAACAGAUUCGCAGAUCCUCGAAGACAACAGUCAAUUAUAAACAGUAAUUUUCAGCCUCCACCUCCAUAUCUGCCUGCAAAAAAGGGAAUCUUAAAAAACCCAAAGGGAAACUGCAGUCCGUUGGCAGUGCAGGCUCUUAACAACAACGUGUCAAGGGGAGAACCCAAUUUCUUGGUGGGCGUCACCAACCCUGGAACAAAGGCUCCCAGACAUAGAAAACAAACAGCUUCUGAGAUAUUGUCUGAAACAUUGACAUCCUUGGCUUCCUCCCUUCAGAGCUCAAUUACAGGCAAACAAGAGGUGUCAUUGAGUCAGUUGGAGCGUUCAGUGGUAGAUGUUUUGGCAUGGCAGCGUUUAGAGGAGUUAUUGUGCCCUCCCAGCCCAGCACCUGCACCUAUCGUCACCCAGCCUCUUCCAGCCCGAGCUCUGCUCUGCCCUCUUGUUCCAGAUUCACACCUUCAAGAUUGGGCUGUCAAGUCUCCUACACCGUCCUACAGUUCUCAGCCAGUGGCUAUGACUUACAGAAUAAUUCGCAUAGGAAAAGGGAGUCACAACCAUGUGGACUUAAGUACUUAUGGUCAUUGUAAUUACAUAUCCCAGGAACAUGCUGCAAUAUUUUUUGAUGAGAAUACUGGUCACUACGAGCUUCUUAAUUACAGUCCUCAUGGGACUAGAGUUGACAGCGUUUUAUACCGAUACGAUCACAGCGAGAAAACUGUAAAUCAUGCACCUCCUCCUCCACUUCUCCAACAAGUCCGAGCCAUUAUUAACCAAAGAAGAGGCCAGCUUCCAGCCAGGCCUUCUGAAGAAACCAUGACAGAUACUCCAGGACAAACUUUGACCCGGUGUAACUGUAAAUCUGGGAAAGGGAAGACAGGGAGCACAUCCAAGGUUACAACAUCAGUUCCCCUUGGUAGUGGUGGCUGGGAAGGGGGUGCUGUCCUUCAUCAUGGAUCACAUCUUAAAUUUGGAUGCUUGCAGUUUGUGUUCAGCAUCGUGGAGGAAGCUAGUAAAGCAGAUUGGGUGGAAACAACCAUUAGUACAUACCUUAAAUUCUUCAAGCAAGAAGAAGAGGAGCAAGAGGAGGAGGAGGCAGCAGCAAAGGUCAAGGAAGAGGUGGAGGAAGAUGACGAAGAGGAGGAGGAUGAAGAAGAGGCAGCAAGAAAGGAGGAAAAGAACUCAAAAUCGUGAGAAAUAAAGUUUUAGUAAUUGACCUAUUUAUACUGAAGUUUCUUGACUGUAUAGUUGCAGUACAGAAAGUUGUUUUCGAACAGGAGUGUUUAUGAAUAAGCGUGAGUAAAUACACCCUUGUAAUGUUAGAAAGAAAUUUAUCAGUCUUAGGUAAAUUACAAAAUUAUAAGAGAAUUAUUUAAUAGACUAAUAACAGAGUUCUUUGUGGACUCAAAUGUUUAUUUUGAAAAGUGUUGUGUAUGAAGACGGAAUUUGUUGAACCUUGCUCCGAUGUAAAGAAUAUUGUUGUAAAAAGUAAAAGUUAUUAUUUUAUUACUAAUGACAAUGGACAAGAAAAGAAGGAAAAUUGUCUAUAAAUGAUGGGGUUGUGAAUUUUGUAAAAGAAAAAAGAAUCUCCAUGACUGAUGUGUUCACAUAUACUCGACCAGUCAUAUAGAAUGCUCUAUUACAGGUGAAUGAGAAAUUUCAUGUCAUGCCCAAAAUUGAUACGUUUCCCUACGUUGUCUACCCCUAAACCCGAUGAUCAGUGGCAGCUCAGCACCUUGGGUUUUGUAAUUAAUCUAACCAGAUAACUGUCAUGUAUGGCUGGGAGGUUUAUGCACAAAUACAAAAUAGCAAUGUAGCCGAGAUGUAAAAGUUUUUAAACUAGUACAUAUGAUGUGCUGCCUACUGUUGGUACUCUGGAAGUGUUUUGCCAUUUCUUACUACUGAUCAUCAGACUUUUCAUCUGAUGGUUGCUUUAUCAGCAUUUUGUUAUAUGCAUCUUUGUAAUUUUAUCCAGGUUCUUAAAGAAGAUGAUGUUGGUACAUGGUUGUAGCUUAUAUUUUCUGUACCAAAAAGCCACUGUGUUACCUAAAGCUCUCAAUAUUGAACAAUCUAUAUGUAUUUUUAGUGCUAAUAUAUUAUGUAAAUGGUAAUGUAUAUAUUACUUAAACUUUAAUUCAUGUCCUUAUACAUUAAAGAAAUAUUGUACAUAAUGUACAGAUUUAAUGAUGUUAUUUUAUAUUCAUAAAGUACACAUUACUUCAGUAUCCUGUCUUCUUACCUGUGACUGAAGAGUGUUACCGGACCAUCUCCCACAUACUUUCACUCCACUUCAAAAUGUUAUUUACUCACACUUUAUAUACGGGUGUCUGUUGAAGAAUGUAGUGGCUGUACACACACUCACCUACACAAAAUCACAUACAGGAGUGAAAUUUUGUCUGGAAACAUAAAACAUUGAUAAUGAUCUGCAGAAAGAGCUUCAAGGUAUUUUUUUAAACCUUUAACAUACAAUACUCAUUAUAAUUGCAUAUGAUAAUAAUAAUAAUAACAACAGGCUUCUUUCAUGUCUUGUGUUUUCUUAAUUUUUGGAGGAAUGUUACAAUACUUUUCAACACUGACAAAACUCAAAUCUUGGUAUGUUGGUGAUGGUCAUGGUGCAUUGUACCUGAUAUUAGCAUGGUCUUAUAUCAAGUGAAGCAUUCUCCGUAGGUGUUUUUUGAGGACUUUCAUUCCUUUUCAUUUGGAACUGCCUAAGAUAUUUUCAUACAGAAAACAAAACCAAUUUCUGCAAUGGUCUACAUUUUCUACAUAAAGCCAAUGAAGCAAAAGUUAAAAUCACUUGAACUGCAUUAUAUAUUCCAGACUACCUAAAAAUAACUAUGCAUAUUUUAAUUUUUUGGGGUCACAACUGAUUAUAAAUUCAGUUGACUCAUGAUAUACUGUAUUCACUAUUAAUGAAUAGGUUUGCUCUUGACUAGUGGAGAAACAAUUUACAUCAUUAAUUUAUAAUCAAAUAUGUGAUGAGCAUGAGGGAGUUUUCCGGAGCAUACUGAUAACACCAGAUAAUAGAGUAACUGUCAAAACGAGACAUGCUUUUAUUUUGAAAUUAUUGAGUAUAGAACAAUAGAGAAAAGUUAGUGCAUCUACUUAAAUGACUAAUGUUUCCUAAUUCCAAACACAGCCUUGGUAUAUAAUUAAUACAAUUUCCCAGUUUAUAAGAUCGGUAUAAAGUGUAUUUUUUGCCUGAACUCUGAGUAGUGCGAUUCCAGUCGAGUAUUUCUAUUUUGUAGUUGUGAUUUAAUAGAAUAAGUUGCAUUGAUCAUCCAGUUCAAACAACCCCUUCAUUAUGAGUCCCCAGAUAUAUCUUAUGUACUACAGGUACUUGCCAAUAAAUUAUUAGAACUGGUUUCCAUCUGUAUUGUUCAGGCAUACUUUUUCACUCAGGUCAGAAUUAUUUUCAAGUUUAAUCCAACUCAGCAUUAAUUUUACAAUAUAAAUCAAACUCAAAAUGUGCUGUUGUCGUAAUUUUGUCAGGAUUUUUGUUAUCCAAUCUGUGAUAGCAUAUCUGUACCUGUUGAAUAUGGGUACAGUAUAAGUAUUUCUCAAAUCACUUCUUUCAGAGUCUACUUCUUUUGGCCUUCCAGUUAUGCUUAUUCAGGGCAUUUUUUUUUUAAUAGUACAGUAAUUCAUGCUAAAAUUUAAAGUGCAUACUUAUUUGUUCCCAGAUUCAAAAUGUGCAUAAAGAAUUGAUUGGAAAAAUAAUUAAAAGCAUACCUUCUCCAGUCCUUAAUGGAGCCACAAAAUGAGAUUUUUUUUAAAGCAAUUAUAUUCUAGUACAGUAUAUUUACUUUCUGUAUAAAGUAUACUUCACUUCUUUAGUGUAUAAAUGUAUAAAACUUUACAAAUUUUGCAUAGAUUUUAUGAAUAAAGUUAUAUAGUUGUUUAUGCAGCAUAAUUACUAUUGGAGCUUAAAUAUCUUUAUUGGGGGAUAGAUAGCGCCUGCUUUUCCAUCAUAAAAAGUACUUUAAAAGUUGCUAACUUAACAACAGGAAACAAUAUCUAUGUAAAUAUUCAACAUUUUAUUUUCAAUAAGAUGUAUAUUCAGUAUCAUAUAUAUAUAUAUAUAUAUAUAUAUAUAUGCGGGGCUUUCACAAUGUUUUAUCUCAGGAGGUACUGUACUUGUUAGUCAUCAGGAGAUACUUUUAAGACUGCUUGUGGGCUGCCAAAGUCCUCACAUGAUUUUAAAUGUGACUGCUCUACUGCAAUAAACAUUUUGCUACAUAAAACUUCAUAAAACUUUUCUGACUUUGAGGUUUCGUAAAAAUUAUUACGAUUGUUAUAUAUUUUUGCAAGGUCCCACAUUUGAGCCAGUACCAAGUGGCAAGUUUAGGUAAGUAAAAGUACUGAAUACCAGUCAGUUUUGAAAGCCCUGUAUAUGUAUAGUUCAUACUAAUUCAUCAUCAGAGCAAUUUAAUAUUGUGCUGCAGUAAAGUAAUAUCCUUAUUUCCAUAUUUGCAUCCAUAUUGUCUCCUUCCUAUGUAAUAAUUUACUCAACUGGUUUUUUCCUUCUACUGCAUCCUAUGGAGCCUAGAUCUUUCAGAUAUACUGUACAAUAUAUAUAUAUAUAU